CAGGACCGUAGGGUCCGGCUCCGGGACGAGUCGCAGUCGGUCUCGUGCUGGUCCACAACCAGCUACACCCACACUCAAGCUGAGGGAUCCGCUCUGGUCGCUUCCGGAAUCGCAGCUGCCGUUCACUGUUGCAGAUCAAGACAAGCCAAGCGAGAGACUGUCCCUCUACGAUCCCCAGGCUCCGGAGAAGAUUGUGCUGCCGAUCUCAAUUUAUCUGGUUGCGAUUCACGAGAUCCUGGAGAGAGAAGAAAGCUGGGAGAUCCUCGCGUACGUUCUGUGCCACCUUCCGAACCAACUGGGCAACAAACAUCUGUUCUGUGGCCCAAGAGUCGGGCAGCAUGCUCGAAAUUGCUGAAUCUGCUGUGUUCUGGUGUCUUGACUGAGUCGCUGGCAGCGCAGAUUCCUGUUUGGCCGAGUGGACUGAAGGCACGGGAUGCUCAGAGUCUGGCAUAUCACACGUUGUCUGUGCUUAUCGGGUAUCAGCCGUGCUUCGACCCCCAUCAACAGCAUUUGCUCGUGUCUGUGUUCCAGAAUGGUCUGGACGGGCAGCCUGUUACUAUCCAAUGCUGCUUGCAUGCGCUAUCGCUAGCAGCAUUCGAGCUACCGACCUCGAUGGCCAAGUUCAUGAGCCCGAUCCUCGAGAAGCUCUCCCAGAUCAUGUCGAACGCGAACAUGGCGGUGCACAUCCUCGCGUUCCUUGUGAUCAUCAGCUCGCAGCCGCGACUGUACGCGAACUUCAUCGAGCACGACUUCCGGCUGGUGUUUGGUGUGGCAUUGCAGUACCUGCAGCAUCAGAAUCGCAACCGGGAUGACCAGUCGGUGUCGUGGACGCUUUCGGAGUACGUCCGCAUCCUGUCGUACUACAAUGUGUACGUGUGGUUCCUGGCCAUCAAGCUUCCCGACCGGCCCAAGCACAUCACGUAUAUCCUGCGGCAGCUCGAGCUCGCGAAUGAAGACAACUCAGGGCCGGACGACUCGACGAUCGUGUGCUGCGACUGGCUCGAGCGCUACACGUAUGCCAGCGCUGAUCCGCGGCCCGCGGCGUCUGUUCUGAGCGAGAUCGUCAUGAAUCCGAGUGAACCUGCGGAAGAAGCGAUCCAAGAGAAAACCUGGGCGAUGGGCAACUCAAUCGUGACUGUCAGAACUCUGAAGCGUCGAGGCUGGUUCGAAGUCCUGUCCCGGCGGCCCUCUGGAUUCACCAAGAUGCUCUGUCGACUGGAGAAUUCGCCGCUGGUUGGGCCUGGCGAUGUGGAUCCAGAUUUGGUGUCUGUGCCGGCUGCAUUGGUCAUGGAGCGAGAGGGUCAGCUACCGCCCGGCGAACCUGGGGUCCAAGGCGAUGAUCUCACACCCAAACCCGAUUCAAUCACAGGCUACGUCUGGAGUGGCACGGCCCCGUCUCAGCGUCGAAAGGCGGUGGAAAUUGAUCCAUCGUUCUUCAUCUUGCAAAUGUCGGACGGCAGCAAAUCAGACCGGCAUCUGCUCAACGACGACAAGAAACUGCGGUCGCUCUGCUCCGCGCUGGACCGCUUACCCGUGAUUGACACGCACAAAGUGGGCAUCUUAUACGUCGCGCCGGGGCAAACCAACGAGCUCGAGAUCCUGGCCAACACACACGGAUCCCCCGCUUACACCAGAUUCCUCGAGGGCAUCGGCCGACUGAUCGAUCUCCGCGGGCAGGUGGAUGUGUAUGUCGGCGGGCUGGAACCUGGGCUGGACGGAGACUAUGCGUACGCGUGGUGGGACGACAUCGGGCAGAUCCUCUACCACGCAGCGACGAUGAUGCCAACGAAUCAGGACGAUCCGCAGCUCAUCAACAAGAAGCGCAACAUCGGGAACGACUAUGUGCGCAUUGUCUGGAACGACUCGGGUAUCCCCUACCGCUUCGACACGCUGUCCACCCAGUUCCAGUUUGUCAACAUCGUGAUCGAGCCGCAUUCGCUUGGGCCGAUCGCAGCAUUUUCGGACAAUCUGCACGAAAUCGAGUACUUCAAGGUCACAGUCCAGCGCGCGGAGAAGAUGGCUGACUUUGCGCCUGUUGGAUGUUUCAAGCUGAUCUCGUCCAAGAGUCUCCCGCUGCUGAUCAGGCAACUGAGCUUAUUGGCGGACUGGUUCGCGAGCGUGUACGCGCACACGGAGAGCGACACCGUACGCACGGAGGUCGUUACGAAUUGGCAGUCCAGGCUGCAGACGAUCAGACGAUAUCAUGACCAGAAUUUACCCGGGAGAGAGGUUGGCGACGAGCCUUUCCGGGAUUUCACUGCCCAAUUUUGAUUUGGAGACCACAUUCAUUUGCCGAUGUUUGUUUUUCUUGUAUUGCAUAUGUAUUACCAGCACUAUUAGCG